GUAGGCACCCUUGUCGAGAAGUGGGGUUUCUUAUCUGGCUUUUUGACAGGAAAACGUCCUAAAGCAGGAACCCGGAUAUUAAAAACAUCUCCUUGAUCUCAAGCCAGGAUUGCACAUGGUUUUCCGAUAAAAACCCCGCCGGGCAAAAACCAAGAUGUUUGCUUCGAAAAAAGAUGUCUGUAAGAGUCUGUGUGACCUCUUCAAGAAUCAUUGAAAGUCAACCAAUAAACAGUUCUGAUUCGGAAUGGAUCGAGACAAAAAAAAUACGUCGUUCUUCCAGAGAGACGAUGGCAUCCGCUGCAGAUAAACAUGAACCAAGCUUAUCGCACCACGUCUCAGUCGACCUCACUAGGCAUAGACCCUGAAACCUGGCGGUCGAUUUGAUAACCAUCCGAGGCUAACUUCAUCCCUAGUUGUGCCUAUCAUUUCGACAUGGUCUGGCCACACCGCGCUUCUUUUGUGUCCUUACUCGUACGGUGCAAAGACAGAACGCACUUACGGAUACAGCGUGCAAUCUCCGCAGGCUUAUGGCCUGUCGACCAGGACUGUAUUGAUGGAUCCGUGGUUCCUGACCGAGUUGGGCGAUGGCGUUAUGCCAUCACCCUUGGCCACCCCUUGCCGAUGUACUCAUCAUAUCGUUCCUAGCUUGGAAGAUUCCCUCCCUUGUGUUGAAAAUGAUUCAUGCCACCCUGCCAAAUGAGGCUGGAAUCUCACUUGGAAUGUCCCUUGGGUCUGGCUCAAGAAAGAGUGCCCCAACGCGUCGCGAACCAUGCCACACCUGAGACUACGCAGCCCACUUGAUAAAGUGCUUUGCAUCCGUCUCUGCUCGUGAGAUCAACUGGGCGCAAACGGGAAAAUGCCUCUGCCAUUCUUUGACGGUGUUUCGGCUCCUGCAAAGGUGCAGAGGGCGAGCUUCUUCGCCUUGGCCACUAUCUUGUUCAUCUUCUUUUUCGAAUCGUCAUUUUUCCCUCAUGUCCACGUACUGAAACUCCGAAACGCCAAGGCUGAGCGAGCGCGGACGGAAUACUAUCUGCAAUGGGGUGCAUUUGAACCAAUGCCAAUAGCGGGGUUCGUGAAUACUGGACUGCCCGGGAAGAGGUCAUGCGACGCACUCAAACACAAUUCGACAGUCGGUGUUCAAAAGAGCUUUUUCCUCAAUGACAAUGUGAAGCAGAUUGCAAUGUCCCUCGAUGCUCACCCUGUUGUCGAUUACCCGGACGACCUCAUGCGCGACCCUAACCUGUCGGUCGAAGACGUUAUCGACCGGACUUGGACACGAAUGUCGGGUUCCAGUGUUUGGCUACCGGAUCAAAACGUCUACCUGUCAGUGACCAGAGUCAUCUUUUGUCCUAGUCAAACAUGGUCGGUACCGAAGAUGAGCUUCCUUCGGGGACAGUUAUUCAAUGAGGAUUGGGAACACCUGGAGAACUACAACAUUACUUGGGGUGGUAAGCAACUGAAUUUCCCCAUGGUAUUCGACAUUCCUGCGCAAUGGGAGGAGGGUGGAGAGUUAUACGGACCUGAAGAUCCUCGUGUCAUCCUUGAAGAUGGCGUCGAGGGUGCCGAACCAGUUGUGACCUUCAACAUGAUUGCCAAACAAUCGAAUUGGAAGCGAGCUAUCUACGUAUUUCGACCUUUCAGUAAUCACACUACCAUCCUCACUAUUCGAGACAGGGAGCGAGCCGACACCGAGAAGAAUUGGGCGCCAUUUUUUAUACCUGAAGAGGAAGUGUUUCCUCCGAGCCUGGCCAGCAAACUCCACCUACCGCUGUCUACCACUGUUCGCAAGCCAAGUGAAUAUAUUCACUUUAUCUAUUCGUUCAAGCCUCUGCAUAUCUUGAAGUGUCAUUUGCGUUGCGGAGAUUGUGAGCUUGUAUUCACCCAAACUCUGCCCGAGACCUUUUCGAACCGACACAAGGAACAUGGUGGCAGCUUGCGUGGGGGGACAAAUUUUGUUCCUGUUCCCAUUCCCGAAAGCAUGGGCUUGGACCGAAAACUGCGCGUGUACGCAGCAUUCCCACGAACGAACAUCGAAGGUCAUUGUGGUGGGAGUUUCUAUCGUCCAGAAUUCGUCAUCCUGGUCAAUAUCAGAGCACAUUUUCAUCUUGCUUUUGCCAGCGAGUCGUUGGACUUUGGUACGUCUCUGGUCGAACUUGGACCUCAAGACGAUCGGUGUAACAAAGGGAGAAUCCUCAUUCCGAUGAGUAUCGCACAGUGGGACACGAGUCAUCGCCAGGAUAUCAUGACCGUGACCUUCAGCAUUGAUGAUUCAACGGUUCAGGUCGCUCGGGUCCAAGGUCUUCUAAAGUAUAUCUUACACCUCCCUCAGUUCAAGACAUUAUUCAAGAAGGACGGAUUCCUUAAAGGUGAAGAAGCUGAGGUCAUGAACAUGCUGUCUUCCUGGGCAGGUGACGAUGUUCGUGGAUGUCUUGUCGAGGCUGCUCUGAAUUACACAGAGGCCCAACAUGAAAUCACGCACCCGAAAGAUCAUAAAGAUGAGCUCGACCCCUCGAAAGAACUCUUGCGCAAGAUCUAUGAAGAACAGCAAAGGGAAGAAAAAGGCGAAGCCCCGAACCAAGACAACGGGGACGAGGGUGAGGAGAGAGAGGAGAAAGAAGAAGAGAAGGAAGAGGAUGUAAAGGAUGAGAACAAAGAUCAUGACAAGGAAGAGGAGGAAAACCAAGAUGAGCACCCAGAGGAAAACCAGGAUGGCGAUCCCGGCAUUCCAGAUCUCGAGCAAGGAACACUUGACCCCGACGUCAUGGAGGCAUUGGAGAGGGAGGGAGAUAACAAGGAGAAGUCCCAAAACGAGGUUGAAGUUGAUAAAGAAUCCGAACCAUCCGAGGAGGACAAUGAUCAGAAAAACGAAGAGCAUGAAGAUCCAACCGAGGAAAAGCAUAAAGCAAGUAAGGAGACAUCCGAUCGAAAACGGCAUCGACGUCGCCAUCAACACCAUAGUGACAGACUUGCGCGCUGAACCUUGGAGACAAUCAAUCUAAACAACAUCCUCUUAGUUGGUGUGACAGGUGGAUGGACAGUUGAUGAUGAAUAUUUUGCCCUGCACAGUCAUCGACAGGGGCGUGUGUUUGUUUGUCAGAUCUUUCUGGAUUUGUUUCAGUCAUCGCUAUUUGACUCAUAUACGUGUGAGAGGCGUUGUUAUUUACUGUACAUCAGCUAACGGUUUUGAAUUACGAAGCUACAUGAGAUCCUUGUCAUGGAUAUCGCGAUGGAGUUGAACAUGUAUC